AUGGAGCAAUUUGAAGAAUAUGACAAAGGUAAGCUAUUGAGAAACAGAUACAUUAAAGUUAGCGACAUCAGUGAGGGCUCAUAUGGGUUAGUUUCUGUUGCCAAAGAUGUCAAGAGGAAUGACUUAUUAGUUGCAGUUAAGUUUAUAUAUCCUGUUGAUUAUAAGAAAGGGUAUGCCAAGGGUCAAACCCAAUCAAGGCCAUCAUCAAGCCCGGCACGAUUGAAAUCACCUCAAUUUGGAUCUCCCAACAGGCAUGAUAAGAAUACUAUAUUCAAUAGUUUGUUAAAUGAGGCGCAAAAGGAAAUCAAGAUCCAUAAAAUUUUGGGCGAACAUCCAAACAUUUCGCAAUUGUAUGAUCACUUUGAUUCAUGCCUAGUAUUGGAGUUUUGCUCAAGAGGUGACCUUUACGAAGCAAUUCAUAAUGGGAAUGGUCCAGUGACCACCCAAGAUAUUAAAGACGUUUUCCAACAGAUUCUUAAUGCAGUAGGUUUCUGUCAUUCGAAAGGAGUAUACCAUCGUGAUUUGAAACCGGAGAACAUCCUAAUUGCCGAAGAUUGGAGCAUUAAGUUGUGUGAUUGGGGCUUGGCCACUACCACAAGAAUUAUUUCGAACAGGGACGAAUUUGAUGUUGGAUCGGAGAGAUACAUGGCGCCAGAAUUGUUUGAUAAUGAAAUUGAGUCAUAUGAUGCUUCCAUGAUUGACAUAUGGUCAAUUGGUGUCAUUUUAUUAACUUUGGUAUUUCACAAAAACCCUUUCCAAGUAGCCAAUUAUUCGGAUAAGAGAUUUUUGCAAUUUGCCAGCAACAGGGAAGCAUUGUUCGAUAUAUUCUCGACAAUGAGUGGGGAUUUAUUUUCAGUGUUGCGAUUUUGUUUGACCAUUGAUCCAAUGAAUCGUGACUUGGACAGCGUUUCUAAAGAAUUGGACGCAUUGAGGUUUUUUACAAUUGAUGAUGAGUUUGAGUACGAAUAUGACUACAAUGAAGGCGAUGAUGAACAAGAAGAAGGAGAAGAUGUGGAGGAUGUUGCAUCGGAUGAGGUUGACCUUGACGAUGAAUAUUUGUCUUAUCGAAAUGAAGAUGGCGUCAAGUCUCAGUCACAUCUGGGGGUUGCAGAGGCAAAGACUGAUAAACUCGUAGAUGGGGUUGCUUCUGCUGAAAGGGACAAGCGAGUCAGUUCACCACUUUCGAGAUAUGAAAUUCCCCACAACCACAGAGCCGACGCUCUUUUAUCCACCAACACAAGUGCCAAGCCAAUCCCAAUCAAUACCCAUGAUUUCAAAUUUAUACGUAACACCAGGAAGCCUUUAACAGUUGCAUCAUUUAAUCAGAAUGCGCAGAUGAAUAAAAGUACAAACAGUAGGCUUGGCAAUUUCAACAGAGAAGAUUACUUCACUCCAAAGUCCGUGUUUAAACACUACAUGGACAAAUAUGGGGAUAAAAAGAGAAGCAAUCAAUAUCAAUAUCAGAAUUCUCAUCAGAGCAAGAAUUGGAACGUUAAUGGAAAUGUGGUUGAUCAAAAGAGACCACCACAGUUGAGGAGAAAGAGAACGUGGAAAACGAAUCAGAGAUACAGACCAUCAGCCCAAACUGCACACUUGAACAACAACAACAACAACAACAACAACAACAACAAUAACAAUAACAAUAACGGUUACGUCAAUGGUAAACUGGGUAUAGGUCAACGCGAUGAGUUUCCUCGCUCGGUUGAUAGGAAUGGUGGUAGAAGAUUGUCGGCUAAUUUGAAUUCUGCAUUUCUUCCAUUACCGCAGCCAAACUCCUCAAGUUUCAACAGUACGGCAAGCGUUCAAAAUGGUUCGUUGUCAGCACAUUUAUCGAAUUCUGGCAAGUACAUUCCGCCAUUCCUUCGCUCACCCAAUCGUCAACCACAGAAAUCGCCACUUGUUGAACCCUUGACUGAGGAAAUUGAUGAUUUAAUCUUGAGUAAUGACGACGAAGUUUUCCACUUGGAAGAUGAUUAUGUGGCUGAUGCAGGAAAAGAAAAUGUAGCCCCAAAUGGAGACCAUUUAAAGACUGGAAGCAUUAGCGAUAGUGACCGUCCUGUUUUUCCAAUUUAUAAUGACAAGGUUAAGGAUGGACAUGAUGGCGUCAAUGGAGCAAGACAAAUUAACGGUAACCGUCACUUCAAUAGCUCAACAAACGAUCAAAAGGAAGUGAAAUCAUCACUUUCCAAGCCAUUUCAUGAAACUUCUACAAGCAGUAGUUUAGAGCAUACAAAUAAUGGCAAAUAUGUGCCUCCAUUUAGACGCCAUUCAGUCUCACGCACAAAUGCCAAUGGUGCGUCAACUGGGACCGGUGAAUACAAUUUGAGUAAUCUUUCAUCCACCACCUCCCAGAAAAAGUCGAUCAAUUACAAAACUCGCAACUCGCUUGAUGGGUUUUCAAGCGAUGGCUCAAAUGCUGGACGUAGUUUUAAUAGUUACAUGAGCGGUGGUGUUGGCAGCACUCCUAAGAGCUUGACUGGAUUCAUGAAUCAUAAUGGAGCGCAAGGUAAGACUAUCCACAGUUAUAUGAAUGAUUCAUUAAAGAUCACUAACCGUUCAGCUAAUGGUACUGAUAACAAAAGCCGCGGUGUUGCUGGAAGCAAAUAUAGUAAAGCAAUUAGUGGCCGCAGUGACAAGAGCGACAAGAGUGACAAGAGUAGUGGAUAUGAUGAGAGCAAGAGCGGUGAUGACGUCAGGGGAGGUGGCGGCAAUAGCGGUGCCGUUGAAGUUGGUAGUUUUAAUGACUUAUGGUUUGGUGGCCAAAAGAAAAACUGGAGUGAUUACGAUGACUGA